GUUCAAUGCAGUAUCUGCUGAUGGAACUUCUGGAAAACGAUAGCUUAUCGCAUAGCUUUUAAAAUCAGGUCAAGAGUAGGAAGCUUUCUUUUUCAUUUGAACGAAAUGACAGAACUGUCCCAAAAAACAAGCAAGAAGAAUACAAAAAGUACAGAGCCAAAGAAGUUGUCUUCAAGCCCGAAGGAACAUCUUUCUAGGAAACAUCAAAGGAAGGGAGGAAACCCUGUUCGAAUUCCAAUCCCAAUCCCUAAUGAGCUGUCUCCAGACACUGGACAUCAAAAUUCAUGGGUCUGUAAAAACUCUGCCUGUAGAGCUACUUUAUCCAUAGAAGACACAUUUUGCAAGAGGUGUUCUUGCUGUAUCUGUCAUUUAUUUGAUGAUAACAAGGAUCCUAGUCUUUGGUUGGAAUGCUCGUCAGAAUAUGAUAAGAAAGAUUCUUGCGGUUUGUCUUGUCACAUUGAGUGUGCAUUCCAGUGCAAAAAGGUUGGGGUGGUUAAUCUCGGACAACUGAUGCAACUCGAUGGCAGUUAUUGUUGUGCUUCAUGCGGUAAAGUUUCGGGGAUAAUUGGAUGUUGGAAGAAGCAGCUGAAUGUAGCGAAAGAUGCUCGUCGGGUUGAUAUCCUCUGUUACAGGAUAUUAUUGAGUUACAGGCUUCUGGUUGGGACAUCUAAGUUUAAAGAGAUGCAUGAAAUUGUUAAUGAUGCCAAGGCCAAAUUAGAGACAGAGGUCGGUCCAGUUGAUGGAGUUUCGUCCAAAAUGGCACGAGGUAUUGUUAGCAGGCUUUCCGUUGGUGCUGAAGUGCAGAAACUUUGCUCUCUGGCUCUUGAGAAAGCGGAAGAAUGGUUUAACUCCAACUUAUCUGAAAUUAAACCCAGCUGCAGAGAGGGUUCACUUCCAGCAGCUUGCAAAUUUCUCUUUGAAGAGGUAACAUCGACCUCGGUUGUGAUUGUUUUGUUAGAACUUUGUAAUGGAACAAGCGAAGAAGAAAUCAAAGGAUACAAGCUUUGGUAUUGCAAGAGCAGGGACGAGAUUCAUGCAGAAGAGCCCAUUUCCAUUUUCCCUAGAUCUCAGAGAAAAAUCUUAAUAUCGAAUCUGCAACCGUGCACUGAGUAUUCCUUCCGCAUUAUUUCAUAUACGGAUGUAGGCGACUUGGGCCAUUCGGAGGCAAAGUAUUUUACCAAGAGCGUUGAGAUAAUUCUUAAGAACCCUAACCCUAAUUCUGAUUCUGAACCGAACAAGAAGGAUAGUAGCUGCAAAAUGGAAACAGAUUCUGAUACCCAGAAAGAAUCAACUGGAUUCAAGGUCCGUGACCUCGGGAAGAUCCUAAACAGGGCUUGGGCACAAGAACAAGUUUGCUUUGACGGGCUUCCUAGUUUUGAACCAGAAGAAUGUUGUGGAAUUUGCAAUAGUAAUAAUAAUAAUAAUAAGCUGCCUGAAACAUUGAAAGAUCAGUCUCCUUCGGUUUCGCGCAGGCUUGAUUUAAACGUGGCUUCUGUUCCUGAUCUGAACGAAGAGGCUGCUCCUCCGUUUGAAUCGUCUAGGGAUGAAGAUAAUUGGACUCACAUCCCAAACAGGGAAGUCCCUGCUGUUAAUUCUCGAUCUGAAGUUUGUGGGAAAAGGACGAACGAGGACAUACAUGAUUCCGAUAGCACACUUAUACAUGGAUCUCCGUUUAGUAUCAAGAACGAGUUGGGAUCUUUGGACGAGAAUUUCGAAUACUGUGUCAAGAUUAUUAGAUGGCUAGAAUGUGAAGGUCAUAUAAAGCAGGAAUUUAGGCUGAAAUUAUUAACAUGGUUUAGUUUGAGAUCAACUGAGCAGGGGCGUAGGGUUGUUAACACAUUCAUUCAAACACUGAUCGACGAUCCUAACAGCUUAGCUGCACAACUGGUUGAUUCGUUUACGGAUAUUGUGUCGAACAAGAGGCCGAGGAACGGCUUCUGUAGCAAACUUUGGCAUUGAUUAAUUGGUUAGCUCAGAAUUGCUGCUGAUUCUUUUCUUUUUUUUGCCUGUUCUUUAUUUUGUACAGGCAUUUCUUAAUCAUCUGUCUGCAGGCAUUAAGUUCAAUUGCGAAAAAGAGUAUUCUCUUCCUCGUGGAGAAGAUACGAGUGGCGCGAUUCGCAUCCAGCCACUCCACUUCUGAUCUUAAUCCAUGGAAGUAAGUUUAUUCAGCCAGACUCGAGACUCGAGAAUUGCUUUUUUUUUUUUUCUUUUCUUUCUAUUCGAUCUGAUUUGGAAGCGAAUCCAAAACCUAUUAUCCUAAGAUAUUCAAGUGGAAUUAUGAUUACCAGUUUCUUUCUGUUUUAAUUCAUUUCUGUUAACUUAGAAAAUGAAGAAAAUAUCACAUUAUUUAUUUUCA